AUGUCAGAUCACGAACUUACCGAAGACGAUCACGAGAUAAAUGUUUUAGAUACCGAUUCGAGGUUAUCUCAUAGUGAUAGUGAGGCAAGGAGUUCGAGGAGCCAUUGCAGCUCUCCCGAUAAUGUCACUACUCCUCAUGGUUCCUCCAACACUCUGCCAUUCAGUAUAUCUAAUUUAUUAGGAAAAAAUUUCGGACAUAAACCGGACAAUGAAUCAGAUACCUUGUAUCAAAACCCCGCGGGUUUAUUUCAACAAAGAAGUGCGUUGGGGUUGGUUCCAUCGGGGUUUUACGGACAAGGUGUAUUAAGGGUGCCGGCACAUAGACCUUUAGGAGGUCCCUCCAGUCCACCUGGACCUAUGUUUAGUCCUUGGUCAUUGGGAUUGGAUCCGGUGUUGCAGAGAUCCGCCGCAGCUGCCGCUUUUGCGAGCCAAGUUGUUAAAGACAGACUUGCUGCGACGUUUCCCAUGACGAGGAGGAUAGGACACCCGUACCAAAACAGAACACCACCUAAAAGGAAGAAACCACGUACAUCAUUCACAAGGUUACAAAUAGCAGAAUUAGAAAAACGUUUCCACAAACAGAAAUAUUUAGCAUCAGCCGAACGAGCUGCCUUAGCGAAAACGCUGAAGAUGACCGACGCACAAGUUAAAACGUGGUUUCAAAACAGACGGACGAAAUGGCGACGGCAGACAGCAGAAGAACGAGAAGCCGAACGACAAGCAGCAAACAGACUGAUGUUAUCCCUUCAAGCAGAAGCUCUGUCUAAAGGCUACAUCAGUGAAGGACCUCCUCCUCAACCAGGUCCUGGUGAUACGGCGCUUAGCGCAUUACAAAAUUUACAACCUUGGGCAGGACCAUACAGUGCUCCUCAACCCGCAUUGGCGGAAUCAAUGUGUUAA